UGAUUUGACACAUACACAUUUGUCAUCAAGCAAGCAGCGUCGUGCUUGUGUCGGUGUAUUUUGCAAUUAAAACUUUUCUUGUAGAUUUUUCAGCCCAUAAUAGUGUUAAAUUCCCCCUAAAAAUAUGUACGAAAAUCGUUCACAAUCCCGCGAUGGAGGGCGUGGUGCCCGUGAUCAGGGCGAUGACCCGCCUAUGUCACGUCUUUUCAUCAUUUGCAACAAAGCCCAUACGGAGGAAGAUUUUCGUGAAGCAUUUAGCCAAUUUGGUGACAUCGAAGAUAUAUGGGUUGUAAAAGACAAACAUACCGGCGAAAGCAAAGGCAUAACCUAUAUCAAAUAUGCUAAAACUUCACAAGCGGCCAGGGCCCAGGAGGAGAUGAAUGGCAAGACAAUUGGUUCACUGGAUAGAACAUUGAAAGUUUUGGUGGCUGCAAGUCGCAACCAAGGUUCAACCAAAUCCGACAAUGAACAUGAAAAAUAUGUACGUCUCUUCAUUGUGUGUCCCAAAACGGCCACCGAAGAUGAGUUACGCGAUGAAUUCAGUCAAUGGGGCCAAGUGGAAAAUGUCACAUUAUUGCGUGACAAACAAUCGGGCAAUCCCAAAGGUUUUGGUUACAUACGUUACAGUAAAUUUUUGGAUGCGGCGAUUGCUUUGGAAAAUUGCCCAGCCAAAUACAAACCCGUAUUUGCUGAACCAAAAGAUUCUGGGCGUUCUUUGUCGUCUAGAGAUGAUAAUACAAUGAUGGGAGGCCGUGGUGGUGGUGGCGGCGGAGGAGGUCGUGGCUCAGGGAACAUGAUGAAAGAUAAUAUGGGUUUUGGCGGUCCUAGCAAUAAUUUUGGAGCUGGAAUGGGUGGUGGUGGUUUCAAUAAUAUGCCAUCGGGUGGGGGUAGCUACAAUAAUUGGGGCAACAAUGUUUCAAGCAAUAAGGAAAUGGCUCAAUUUCUGCGCUUACAAAAUGUCCCGGUACCAAAUCCUACAUGCCUGGAAGUCAUUAUUAGCAAUUGUGUUAAUCAAGAUCAACUGUGGCAUUUGUUCAAUAUUAUUCCGGGGUUGAAUAAUUGCAAAAUUUUAAGGGAGUGUGGCCCUCGCACCAAUGAAGCCAUUGUGGUCUAUGACAGCCCCGAAGCGGCUAUAUAUGCCAGAGAUAAAUUACAUGGCCUGGAAUACCCAGCUGGUGAACGUAUUAUAGCCAAGGUUUCUGGUAUGAGCUCUGCUCGCAUCGAUACUUCGUUUAUUGAUAAACGUACAAAAAUGGAUGCCGUUUGUAAUGUGCCAUUACCGCCAGUAGAACCCAUGGCUCCCGCAGAUGCCCAGUGUGCCCAACGCUUGUUCAUUGUUUUGACAUCGAAUGUGCCAAUGUCCAUUUUGAAAAAUGUCUUCUCAUGCUGGAGAGGUCUCAUGGACGUGUAUCUAUUGCCAAACAAAAAUUGUGGCUACGUUAAGUAUGCCAACAAGAAUUCAGCAAUAAAUGCAAUGCAAACUUUGCAUGGUGCUGAGAUAUGUGGUACCCGUAUCAAGGUAUUGGAAGCUGAGGAGCGUGAUCACAAUAACGAUGAUGGUGAUGGUAAUCGCAAACGUAUGCGUCGCAAUUAGAAAUACAACAAUCACAAAAUGACGACAACUAACUGAACAAGUAUAAGAGUAUGGACAUGAACAGAGACGACUCACAUAUAUACUACUGAAACUUAUAGGAAUAGAAAUACAUAAAAUUGAACUGACAUCAACAGAACUGGAAGUAGAAUAUAUAUAUAUAUAUAUAUAGAUGUAUAUUGAACGGAACGAAACGAAAGAAAACAGAAGGAAGGACUUUUGAACUGAAUCGGAUUGAAUGGACCUAUUUCUACAUGAAAAAAGUACAGUAUAUAGUAAUCAACACACACACUCAACACACAUUCUCAUAUAAACUUAAUUAUACACGGACAUUUGUCACAAAGAAAAUGUAGCGACACCUGUUUUUUUAACCAACUCUCUUAUUAAGUAUGACUAGACUUCAAUGAACAACAACAACAAUGAUUGAAUGAAAAACAUAAAAAAAAACAUGAACAAAAUUUCAAAUAACGUAUUAAUCUCCAAAAAAAUUAUACCACAACAACAGUUUUUUCUCUUCAAACUCCUAAGUAUUACACUACCCAACAAAACAAUUAUUUAUCCACAUGAAAAAAACAAAAUAAUCAAUUUUAUUUAUUCAUUUUCAAUGGCAAUAAUUCCCUUGAAA